AAAUAAUAAUAAAUAAAAUAGAGUCCACACUUUUUUUUAAAGUCUAAUAUAUCUAGAUUAUAGAUCUUCCCUUCUCUUUUGCAUUCUUCUAGCGACACCAGAAUACGACCGGCGCUAAGACGGUUUAUCUGAUUUUAGGGUUUCUUUCCAAACCAACUCUCCUUCAUCUCGAAACCCUAAUCCUCGGAUCAGGUCUGCGCAUUCUGGUUGUUAGGCUUCACCGAUCAGCUAAGUUUCAUGUCUGAGCUUGAAUCCCAGAUUCCUACCACCUUUGAUCCGUUUGCUGAUGCAAAUGCUGAAGACUCAGGCGCUGGUGCAAAAGAGUAUGUGCAUAUUCGUAUACAGCAACGAAAUGGUAGGAAAAGCUUGACAACUGUGCAGGGUUUGAAGAAGGAAUUCAGCUACAACAAGAUACUCAAAGAUCUCAAGAAAGAAUUCUGCUGCAAUGGUACAGUGGUGCAGGACCCUGAAUUAGGGCAGGUUAUACAACUUCAGGGCGAUCAAAGAAAGAACGUCUCCAGCUUCCUUACUGGGGCUGGAAUUGUGAAGAAGGAGAACAUCAAAAUUCAUGGUUUCUGAGCUGCACCAACUUCAAUAAAAUCUCUGCAUGGUGGAUUACCUCUUGUUUGUUGGGGCAGAAACUGUUCGAAUUUCAGAAUAUAUUUAAGCUGUUAAAUCUUAACUAUGUUGGUUGAAAAGACAAAUAAUUAGUCUGUUUCUGGUGCUUGUCUUAUAAAGCUAUAAAGAUGCUCCGUGGGAUGAUAAUGGGAUAUGUGACAGUAUGCUUCUGUGUCUUAAACGGAUACUAUUAUAAGAAAUUGAACUGUGUCCGUGAUAAUAUAUUCCUGUUGCUAUUAGUUGAUUAAUGAUUUAUCUGAAGAUCUAAUUUUGUAUCA